AUGACCGACGCAUUCCGCAAAGACACCCACACCAAGCUUGGUGAGAAGAUGCAACCCCAGUCUUCCAAGUCUACUGCCACCAAGAUCAAGGAAUCCAUUACUGGCACCGGUGACAAGAUUGCCCGCGAGGCCCAGCCCGAUUCUUCAAAGACCAACACACAGUCCACCAUGGACAAGAUUGGCCGCUCCAAGGACAACAACGUCCACGGUUCCACUGGCGGUAGCAUCGUCGACAAGACCAAGAACGCUCUUGGACGGCCUAUAAGUGUUAUGCUUGCUGUUGAGUGUGGAGGAAGGAACGAGAUACCCGAUCAAGGCCCGAUGAGAUGGGAUGUGUACUUUAUGAGAUACCUCGCCUACGGGCUAAUGAAUUGA